AUGUUCCAUGGUCAGCUAACCACACUGCUAGGCCUGCUCAGUGGGGCCUGGCUGCCCACAGGCUUAGGGAGAUCUGGGGAUCCUGUUCCCCCUGCUCAGUCUUGGGCUGCCACCAGUCAGAGCUGGACCCCAGACUCUCUGGUACCUUCUUCUGCCCUAGGCAGCUGGAAGGCCUUCUUGAGCUUACAAAGCAGGCAGCAGGAGACAGGUGGACUGAAGGGAGGGCAGGACGUGACUGCUGGUAUCUCUUUGCCCUUGGACCCUCAGGAAGCGACCCGGGAGACCUGUAGGGCUGUGCCCUUCAUUCAGGUGCUCUCCAGGCCUGGCUGCACAGGUGCUCGUGUCCGUAAUCACCUCUGCUUUGGUCACUGUACCUCCUUCUACAUUCCCGGCUUGGCUCCUACUCCGCUAGUUCUCUGCAACAGCUGUGUGCCUGCUUUCAAACGCUGGACGCCGGUGGUGUUCUGGUGUGGAACUGGUCGCCCAGCCUCUCCUCGGCGGGUGAGGACGUCCACCAUGCUGGUCCAGAGGUGCCAGUGCCACCGCAAGCUGUGAGUUGAGCAUCGUGGAGGAC